UCCUGCAAGCUUUCCUCUGCUCCCUCUUACCAAAAUCAGCUGCUCCUUUCCUCCGACGCUCCGAUUUCCGGCGACCACUCUCCCCGUCUUCUCUGCCCUGGAGAUGGAAUGCACGCAUCGGAGGUGAAGCUCUUUUGAUCUGAUCGGACAUUCAGCUGUAAUCCGAUCACAGCCUCUCCGGUUGAAUUCAGUUGAUGCGUUCCUCUUCGCCAAUUGCUUCCGGUCGGUGCUUUCGUCAGUAGCCGACCUGAUUCCUGUCAUCAAGGGACUGGGGCUGUGAUCGUCGGAGCUCCUGCCAGCUCCUGAUCUGAGCUGAUCUCGAGCGCAUGGACUCACCAGGUGGUUUGCGGAAGACAUCUGUUAUUGUUGUGACUUUAGCUAGUGGGGAAGUAUACGUUGUUGUCAGCUUGUCGACCAGGUCCGACACCCAAGUGAUAUAUGUUGACCCAACGACUGGUGCACUUUGCUACAAUGGAAAGCCGGGAUUUGACCUUUUUAAAUCCGAGGAACAGGCUGUGCAAUUUGUCACAGACGGUCAGUGUAAGAGUAUAGUCAAUGGCAGGGCUAUACUAGGUUAUGCUGCUUUGGGAUGUUUUGGCUUGCUUCUCGUUGCAACGAAAUUAAACCCGACCAUUCCGGAGUUGCCUGGUGGUGGAUGCGUAUAUACUGUGACAGAAAGUCAGUGGGUUAAGAUCCCACUCCAGAAUCCUCAACCCCAAGGCAAAGGGGAAGUAAAGAAUGUUCAGGAAUUGACCGAGCUCGAUAUUGAUGGGAAGCAUUACUUCUGUGAGGCAAGGGACAUCACUAGGCCUUUCCCUAGCCGUAUGCCCUUGCAAAAUCCUGAUGAUGAAUUUGUUUGGAACAGAUGGUUCUCCACGCCUUUCAAAACUAUUGGGCUUCCACAGCACUGUGUUACUCUUCUGCAGGGGUUUGCAGAACGCCGAACUUUUGGAAGCUCAGGGCAGUUAGAAGGAGUAGUUGCUCUCAUAGCACGUCGCAGUAGGUUGCAUCCUGGAACUCGGUAUUUGGCCAGGGGAAUAAACUCUUGUUUCAGUACAGGGAAUGAAGUGGAGUGUGAACAGAUUGUAUGGGUUCCAAAAAGGGCGGAUCAGAGCAUUCCCUUUAACACGUAUGUAUGGCGACGUGGCACGAUUCCAAUCUGGUGGGGGGCUGAGUUGAAGAUCACCGCUGCUGAGGCAGAAAUAUAUGUUUCAGAUCGUGAUCCAUACAAGGGUAGCUCUCAGUACUACCAAAGGUUAAGUAAGAGAUAUGAUACCCGAAAUUUAAAUGUUACUGGUGAUGGAAUUCAGAGAAAGACUCCUUUUGUUCCAAUUGUAUGUGUAAACUUGCUGAGAAAUGGAGAAGGGAAAUCUGAAUGCAUUUUGGUUCAGCAUUUUGAGGAAUCAUUGAACUACAUCAGAUCAAGCGGAGCACUUCCUUCCACUAGAAUGUUCCUUAUAAAUUAUGACUGGCAUGCAAGUAUAAAGUUUAAGGGUGAACCUGAGACUAUUGAAGGACUUUGGGAGGUUUUGAAAGUUCCUACAACAUCCGUAGGCAUUUCGGAAGGUGAUUAUUUGCCGUCAAGGCAGCGCAUCAAGGACUGCAGGGGAGAAAUAAUCUGUAAUGAUGAGAUUGUCGGCGCCUUUUGUUUAAGAUCACAUCAGAAUGGGGUAAUACGCUUCAAUUGUGCAGAUUCUCUGGAUAGGACUAAUGCUGCUAGUUUUUUUGGUGGGGUGCAAGUUUUUGUGGAGCAGUGCACAAGAUUGGGUAUCUCCCUUGAUAGUGAUUGGAGAUUUGGUAGUCGUUCAGUCAACAACUACAGUGAUUAUGUUGCUCCUCUGCCACCAGGAUGGGAGAAAAGAUCGGAUGCUGUAACUGGGAAAACAUACUAUAUUGAUCACAACACAAGGACGACAACCUGGACACAUCCGUGUCCAGAGAAACCCUGGAAGAGAUUUGAUAUGAAAUUUGAAAAUUUUAAAAUAUCAACAAUCUUAUCUCCGGUUUCACAGUUAGCUGAUCUUUUCCUACUUGCUGGUGAUAUCCAUGCAACACUUUAUACUGGUUCUAAAGCAAUGCAUAGCCAAAUACUUGGCAUUUUCAAUGAAGAUGCGGUAAAGUCAAAGCAGUAUUCUGCAGCGCAGAACCUGAAAAUCACUCUGCAAAGAAGAAUAAAAAACACAUGGGUAGAUAGCUCAAGGCAAAAGCAACUGGAGAUGUUUCUUGGGAUGAGACUUUUUAAGCAUCUCCCAUCAAUUUCCUUUCAACCUCUCAAGGUUCCUUCUCGGCCGUCUGGAUUCUUUCUCAAGCCAGUGCCAAAUAUUUUUCCAACCUCUGAUGGUGGUUCAAGUCUCCUAAGUUUUAAACGGAAAGACCUAGUCUGGGUCUGUCCUCAAGCUGCAGAUGUGGUUGAAAUGUUUAUCUACCUCAGAGAGCCCUGCCAUGUUUGUCAGCUGCUUCUCACGAUAUCUCAUGGUGCGAAUGAUUCAACUUACCCGUCCACUGUCGAUGUGAGGACUGGACGCAGUCUACAUAGUCUUAAGUUGGUCCUUGAGGCUGCUACUAUUCCAACAUGUAUAAAUGGAACAAACCUUUCCAUUCCCUUAGCUGGACCAGUUAAUGCAGAGGAUAUGGCAAUAACGGGGGCAGGAGCACGCCUUCACACUGAGGACACCUCGACUCUUGCAUGUCUCUAUGAUUUUGAAGAGGUGGAAGGGGAACUGGAUUUCCUUACUCGAGUAGUGGCAUUAACGUUUUAUCCUGCUGUCUCUGGACAGGGCCCCAUGACACUUGGUGAGGUUGAGGUGCUUGGGGUUUCUCUUCCCUGGCAGGGAAUAUUCACUGGGGAAGGCCCUGGUGCUAAGUUACUGGAGCUCAGCAAGAAGAUCCAAAAGGAGAACAACCAUUUUAUGUCUGGUUCAGAUACUAAUCCAUUUGCUGGAUCAUUGUCUAGUGGGAUAGCUUCCCCACCAAAUGCCCGGGGCACUUCAUCAAACCACUUUCUUGACCUUUUAUCUGGAGAUUACUCAUUUUCUGAACCCAUUUCUCAACCGGUGACAGCACAGGCUACACAUGAGGCGAGUGACGACCUUAAUUUCUUGGAUCAAGCAAUUGUUGUGCAUCAUGGUGCUGAAGAUGAUCAGAAAUCCUCUUCAGAUUAUGAAAGAUCUUCAGAACAGGGAAAUACACAAUACAUAAGAUGUCUGAAAUCCCUUGCUGGAGCUGACCUGGGAAGACGACUAGAUUUCACAGAGGCCAUUAAGCUCGAAAUUGAACGCCUCCAGCUGAAUCUAUCUGCUGCUGAAAGGGACAGGGCUCUGUUGUCAGUUGGAAUUGAUCCCGCUUCAAUAAAUCCAAACCUUCUGCUUGAGGAAUCUUACAUGAGAAGACUAUGCAGAUAUGCUAAUUCUCUUGCGUUACUGGGGCAAGCAUCCCUCGAAGACAGAAUUACUGCUAAGAUUGGUCUUGAGGAUUUCGAGGACAACAGAGUGGAUUUCUGGAAUAUUAAUGGAAUUGAUGAAAAAUGUUCUGGUGGUGCGUGUCAGAUCCGUUUUGAGACUGAUGGUCCUGCAUAUUAUUCCUCGACAGAUUCAUCUCUAGGUUCUUCAAACCCUAGCUUAUUGUGCUCUUCAUGUCAAAGAAAAGUGUGUAAAGUUUGUUCUGCUGGUCGAGGAGCUCUUCUUAUUGCAAACAAUAAUUCAAGAGACUCUAUGAGUUACAAUGGUGGAUCGAGUCACGGAGGUCCAGUUGAUAUUUCCACAAAUCGUUCAACAACCCUUGAUGCAAUUAUCUGCAAGAAAUGCUGCCCAGACAUUGUUCUUGAUGCCUUGCUGAUAGACUAUGUUAGGGUCUUGAUUAGUUCAAGAAGAAGUUCUCGUGCGGAUAAUGCUGCAAGUAUUGCUCUUAACCAGGUAGUGAGGUCUUUUGCGAGGGAUUCCAUGCACAAAGAAAAUCAGAAUUUGGACAUUCAUCGAGCGCUAAAACUUCGGAGGUUACUACUUAAAGGGGAGGAAUCACUUGCUGAAUUCCCGCUUGCAAGCUUGUUGCAUUCUGUACCUACAGCAGCAGAUUCAGCACCAUCCUUGUCGCUACUUGCACCAAUUUAUUCAGGGAUUCCGAAUUCAUACUGGAAAGCUCCUCCUAGUGCUACAAGCGUUGAAUUAGUCAUUGUACUCGGUACCCUUUCUGAUGUCAAUGGCGUGGUGCUGCUUGUCAGUCCAUGUGGCUAUUCUGCAGCUGAUGCUCCCACUGUGCAAAUCUGGGCAAGUAAUAAGAUACACAAGGAAGAAAAGUCGCACUUGGGGAAAUGGGAUAUUCAAUCUCUCAUAUCAUCUUCCCCGGAAUUAUACGGACCAGAGAAGUCUGUUGUAGAGGAUAAAGCACCAAGACAUGUAAAAUUCACAUUUAGAAAUCCCGUUCGCUGUCGUAUAAUUUGGAUCACUUUACGCCUUCAGAGACCGGGAUCUCAUUCCGUCAGCUUGGAGAGGGAUCUCAAUCUUUUAUCCCUUGAUGAGAAUCCUUUUGCCCAGACAAAUAGACGCGCCUCUUUCGGAGGCUCAACUGAAAGUGAUCCGUGUAUUCAUGCUAAGAGAAUCCUAGUAAUUGGAAGCUCAGUCAAGAAAGAGAUGGAGCUCGGAACUCAAGGAUCCGAGCAAAUGAAUCUGAGAAACUGGUUGGAGAGACCUCCUCAGUUAAACCGGUUCAGGAUUCCUGUUGAGGCUGAGAGGCUUAUGGACAAUGACCUUGUCCUGGAGCAGUACCUCUCUCCUGCUUCACCUUCGCUCGCUGGGUUCCGUUUAGAUGCUUUCAGUGCUAUAAAGCCGAGAAUUACCCACUCGCCCCCUUCAGAUGCGCAUAUGUGGGAUACCUCGAUGCUAAUAGAAGAUAGACACGUGUCUCCACCUGUAUUGUUCAUGCAAGUUUCUGCUCUCCAGGAAUCUCAGAGCAUGGUGAUUAUCGGGGAGUACCGGCUCCCUGAGGCCAGGGCAGGUACACCUAUGUACUUUGACUUCCCCAGACAGAUACAAACACGCAGGGUCUCCUUCAAGCUCCUAGGGGACGUUGCCUCGUUCGUCGAUGAUCCCUCCGAACAAGAUGAUGCGGGAUUUAGGGCCUCGCCUUUAGCUGCUGGAUUAUCUCUUUCGAAUCGAGUAAAGCUGUAUUACUAUGCCGAUCCGUAUGAGCUCGGGAAAUGGGCUACAAACAUGUCGGGUGUCUGAAUAUUGCUGGUAUAUUACGCAUGGGAGGCAGGUGGUCAUUGAUUUCUGGGAUUAUCUGGUCAUUGAUUUCUGGGAUUAUCUGGUCAUUGAUUUCUGGGAUUAUCUGGUGGUGAUUAGGAUUCUGUUUAUUUGUUGUAAUAGGAAUUUUGUUUUUCAGGCUUUAUAUAUGAUAUACGAUAUCUCUUUUUCGUUGUAAUAUUGAAAUGUAAUAUUUGUUCAUGUAUUUUUCCUGGCGGCCUACUCUUGUAUUUGAAUAUGCAAAGAAUAGAAUUUCUUUUCCCUUUUGAACUCUUUGAUCGGAACGAUUUGUAUUAAUCAUUCACUUGAUGCUUUGGUAUAGAAUCACGAUGCUCGUGGCAUCAUUUGGUGUC